AACAACAUGGACAUCAUGAAACCUCAACUUCUCAAUCAUGUCCGGAACAAACUUUACAUUACACAUAGAGAUGCAUACAUGAAUACAAUAUAGAGAUUAUUUAUCUAAUAUGGGCACAACGUGACAGCAUCUAAGUCUUGUUUGGUUUUAUAAGACGUGAUCAGCCUAAUGACCCAGCCCAACCUACUUCUUUCUCUCUUCUUCCUCCUCUAGUUUCCGAUCAUUAACAAGCAGAGAACAUGGCUAAUUCAGCGUCUGGGAUGCAUGUAAACGAUGAGUGCAAGCUCAAGUUCUUGGAGUUGAAAGCAAAGAGGAACUAUAGGUUUAUAGUGUUCAAAAUUGAUGAGAAGGCUCAGCAAGUUAUGAUAGAGAUGGUUGGGAAUCCAGAAAAAACUUACGACGAUUUCACCAAAUGUAUGCCUGAGAACGAGUGCCGGUACGCUGUCUAUGACUUCGAUUUCACCACUCCUGAGAACUGCCAGAAGAGCAAGAUCUUUUUCAUCGCAUGGUCACCAGAUACAUCAAGAGUGAGGAGUAAGAUGUUGUACGCAAGCUCAAAGGACAGAUUCAAGAGGGAACUGGAUGGGAUUCAGGUUGAACUGCAAGCAACAGACCCUAGCGAGAUGAGCCUGGACAUCAUCAAAGGACGAGUCAAUCUCUGAAUGCAUCAUCUUAAUGCGUUUCAGUCAUAUUCAUAUAUUGUGCUUUCGUUUUCUUGUGUUUUUGCUUAUUCUUCUUCUUCUGUUGCCGACUCUUUGUAUGUUGUGUGAUUCAAGGUCUCACCACUUUUUUUUGUUUUCUUUCUGGAAUGGCAAUAUUCAAAAUAAUAGAUA